AUGGUAUCGUUAUGGACUGAAACUUAUGAAGGUGCUACAGUCGCAUUCCUAAUAAUAGGAUGCGCGCUUGUGUUCAUCAUGGUACCCGGUUUGGGUUUCCUAUAUUCGGGGCUCGCGAGAAGAAAGUCCGCUUUAGCUUUAAUAUGGGCAGUUAUAAUGGCCACCCUUGUAGGCAUAGUACAGUGGUACUUCUGGGGUUACUCAUUAGCCUUCUCGAAAACAGCCAUCAAUCAUAAAUUCAUCGGAGAUCUCAAGUCGUUUGGGUUUCGGAAUGUUUACGGAUACGCAGACCCAAAAAAUCCAACGUCAUACCCAGAACUGGCGUUUGCGUGUUUCCAAGGUUUGUUCAUGUGUGUGACCUUGAGUAUUGUUGCGGGAGCCACUGCAGAGAGAGGUAGACUUUUACCACAUAUGGUCUUCUUAUUUUGUUUCGCAACCUUGGUGUACUGCCCAGUGACUUUCUGGGUCUGGUGCAGUGAUGGUUGGGCAUAUAGAUGGGGUGUUUUAGACUGGGCUGGUGGUGGGCCAGUGGAAAUCUUGAGUGCUGUAGGUGGAUUUGUUUAUUCAGCAUUUUUGGGUAAGCGUCAUGAAAACCAGUUGCUCAAUUUCAGACCUCAUAACGUUUCUAUGGUGACCUUAGGUACCAGUUUACUAUGGUUCGGUUGGUUGGGUUUCAACGCCUGCACCAGUUUAGAUCCAAACAUGAAAUCUGUGUUCGCACUAAUGAACACAAAUUUGAGUGCAGCCACUGGUGGUAUGACUUGGUGCCUAUUAGAUUAUAGACUUGAAAAGAAAUGGUCCACUGUCGGGCUUUGUUCCGGUAUCAUUUGUGGUUUAGUCGCCGCAACUCCAAGCUCCGGAUGUAUUACAUUCUACGGUUCAGUAAUACAGGGUAUUACUGCGGGUGUCGUUUGUAACUUUUCCACUAAAAUCAAGUACUACUUAAAAGUCGAUGAUGCGAUGGAUAUUUUGGCAGAGCACGGCGUUGCUGGUAUUGUAGGACUCAUCUUCAACGGAUUCUUUGCCGCAGAUUGGAUCAUAGGAUCUGACGGUGUGACAGAACAUGAUGGUGGAUGGUUAACUCAAAAUUGGAAGCAAAUGUACAAGCAAAUUGCCUACGUUGGAGCUGUGUGCGGGUACGGUGCUGUUGUUACUGCAAUCAUCUGCUUCAUUUUGAAUAAAAUUCCAGGUCUUCAUUUAAGAACUACCGAAGAAGCAGAAGAUAGAGGUAUGGAUGAAGACCAGAUCGGAGAGUUCGCUUACGAUUACGUUGAAGUCAGAAGAGACUAUUAUUCUUGGGGAGUACCUAAUGACUCUGACUCGGGAAAUGAAAAAACUACCGGAAAUCAGAAUUGA